AUGUGUGCCCUUGCUUUUUAUGCACUCCUCAGGGUCGGAGAGAUCACGGAGCAGAKAUURGGCUCUUCCCCGCCCAUUCAGUUUGACCAAUUAACAUUUGAAGGCGAGGGUAGUCAUGUUUCCUCUAUUAGAUUAACCUUUAAGGAUUUCAAACAUAACUACAAUAGGCGCCCCUUCUCUAUUACUAUUAACCGSCAGACAUCAYAYUGUCCUGUUGWRAUGUUACUGAACUAUUUAACUUUACGGGRCAGUAAACCAGGUCCAUUGUUUGUUCUCCCUUGCGGUGAAGCUAUUCCACGCUCAGUUUUUGAUAACUUUUUAAAGACUGCUAUUUGUUAUUGUGGAUUAGACUCGUCUUUAUACAAAGGUCAUAGCUUCAGGAUUGGAGCAGCUUCACAUGCAGCUAGUAAAGGGCUUUCGGAUGCCCAGAUCAGAAUAUUAGGUCGUUGGCAGUCAAAUGCCUUUACAAAAUACAUUCGUAUUCCAUCUAUGAACAACUGA